AUGGCUUUCUUCUUCCUGCUACGUCAGAUGGGAUCAGAUGAAACCCCACGUGACUUGCUUUUUUCUUCGGGCGGUGAGUUCGCCCUCGCCGGGAACGCGGCAGAACCCCGUCACUCGCUUCUGUUGCUGCACCCCAUCAUAGCGAUCUGCUGCUUUUGUCUGCUGAAACCCCCUCUUUCACUUUGCCUUCCCAUCCCAAAUCACUCCUCCAGUAUUGAUUACGACCCCAGCAUACUUCUUUAUGCCGUCCGACCCUCUGCGACUCGGUACCCCGUCUUGACUGCUUCCAGCUCAAUCUCCCCUCGCCCUCCAGAGUCGGUCUGCGCAGGAUUCGUCGGACCGAAAGCUUUUCUUGAGGCUUACAACACUGGCGAUACGCGUGGGCUUGGAUUUGAGCAAAUACCUGCGUCACAGGAACGUGGUGGUUUUGAGAAUCGUGCUCGGUCGCGAGCAGCUGUGCUCAUUACCGGCGUCGCUCCCGGCGCAUUGUUGAAACGACUUUCGAUUGUCACUCCGACUGGUCGAUCAGUGACCUUCUUCCCCCUCUCCACGCCAUCGGCGAGUCUCACCCUCGCCGCAAGCAAUCAACGACCCAAUACACGCUUAUCAUUCCUCCCCACUUUCCUACAUCACUUGCGCCAGCUUCCUGCUUUGUGGCACAGUCAAUGGAGGUAG